AUGCACAUAAAUUUUUUGUAUGAAUUUUUUUUUUCUUCUAUUUCUCCUUCUUUUUCAUUCCUACGAAGUUUGAAUCGAUAUACAAUCAGACCAAAAAAAAAGCCUUGUUCUUUUUUGAUACAAUCGAACGUCCAAAUGUCGUUUACAGUUCAUUCAAUUAAAAGAUCACGACCUUUGCAAUUGCUCAUCGGGAUUGUCGUUUUAAUUUUAGGUUAUGGAGUUUUCUUUACCGAAUGGUUUUUCUCAAGUUCGGCAACUUACACUCCUGAAGAGAUCAACAGUUUACUUCAAAACAAAGAAUCACAUAUUGUCGCCUUGAAAAAAAAGGAAUUAAUCGAGCAAUCAAUAAUCAAACCCUAUUUAGAUGAAUCAAAGUUCCAUGUCAAGAACUGGGAUUUAAAUGGUAAUACCUUGGUUCGAAACAAUGAAUUCAUUAGAUUAACUUCCAAUUCUCCACAUCAAGCUUCAAACAUGUUUAGCAAAUGGCCACUUCAUGCCGAAUCAUUUGAAAUGGAAUUGACUUUCCAUAUUCAUAAUGAGCAAGUCAAACAUGGUUUGGUGGGUGAUGGUUUGGCCAUUUGGAUCUUGGACAAACCUAGUGAUAUUGGUGAUGUUUUCGGUGUUCAAAACAAAUUUAAAGGAUUGGGGAUAAUGUUGGACACUUUUAAAAAUGGAAAACGUGGUCAAUUCCCAUAUGUGAAUUUAAUGAUGGGUGAUGGAAACACUGCUUACAACAAGGCAACUGAUGGGUUUGAAACAAGAUUAGCAGGUUGUAUUGCCAAACAACUUUUGAAUCCAGAGUCUAAGGAAACCAAAAUGAGAUUGGUUUACAUUAAGAAUGGUUACUUGUCAAUUGAUUUCAACUAUUAUGGUCGUCAUGAAGAAUGGCAAAACUGUGUUUCUUUAACUGAUGUUCAAUUGCCAGCAGUUAAGUAUUUGGGAUUGUCUGCCGAAACUGGACAAUUGGUUGAAAAUGUUGACAUCAUUGAAAACAGAAUUUAUGCAUUAUACAAGCCAGACGGCACAUUUGUUGAAAGUAUCAGUGAAUUGCAAGAAUUGAUUCAAGAACAAAAUGAAUACGAAAGCGAAGUUUCUUCUGUGGCUGAAGCUAUCAAAGAAGAAGAAGAAGCCAAAACCCAAAGAGGCGGUGGUAGACACCGUAGAUUUAAGAAGAAGUUAAGUGGUAAGAGAAGAAAAUCACUUAAGAGAUUGGAAAAGGCAGAAAAGCGUAUUAAAGAAAGAGAAAAACAAAUGCGUUUGGAAAAAUACGGUAGUGAAGAUGUCGGUUUCUUUGGCUACUGGUUUGGAAAAUUUUUGACUGUUUUGAAGUACAUCAUCUACCUUUUAAUACUGGUUGUGCUUAUAUGGUUUGCCUUGAUUAUUUUUAGAAUCCAAAAGCAAAAGCGUAAACAAAAGACUACUGGGUUGUUAGAUUAA